CUCAUUUCUCAUUUCAUUCCUUUUUUUUUUUCUAUUUAAUUUAAUUAAAAUCGUCUCUCCGCCGCUCUCUCUAGGGUUUUUUUAAAGAGGGUUUCACACUCCGUUUCCUCCGCCAGAAGAAGAUGAGCAACGACAACUUGAACAUGUCCGAUCUCACCGCCGCUCUUAACGUGGAGGAUCGUGCAGGCCUUGUCAAUGCUCUUAAGAACAAGUUGCAGAAUUUGGCUGGACAACACUCGGAUGUCCUUGAGAACUUGACUCCCGCUGUCAGGAAGCGUGUCGAGGCUCUAAGAGAGAUUCAGAACCAACAUAAUGAAAUUGAAGCUAAGUUUUUCGAGGAGAGGGCAGCUCUUGAAGCUAAGUAUCAAAAGUUGUAUCAGCCUUUUUAUACCAAGCGUUAUGAGAUUGUCAACGGUGUGGUUGAAGUUGAAGGUGCACCUGAAGAAGUAAAAACAGAACAGGGAGAAGAUAAAGCUGCUGAAGAGAAAGGAGUACCUGAUUUCUGGCUUAUUGCACUGAAGAACAAUGAAAUAACUGCUGAAGAGAUAACUGAGAAAGAUGAAGGUGCUCUUAAGUAUCUUAAGGAUAUCAAGUGGAACAAGGUUGAAGAGCCGAAAGGGUUCAAGCUUGAGUUUUUCUUCGAUGAGAACCCUUACUUCAAGAACACUGUCUUGACCAAGACAUAUCACAUGAUUGAUGAAGAUGAGCCUAUCCUCGAGAAGGCUAUCGGGACGGAGAUUGAGUGGUAUCCUGGAAAAUGUUUGACUCAGAAGAUCCUUAAAAAGAAGCCGAAGAAGGGAUCCAAAAACACAAAGCCAAUCACCAAGACUGAGGACUGUGAGAGUUUCUUCAACUUCUUCAAUCCACCUCAAGUUCCUGAGGACGAAGAUGAUCUUGAUGAUGAAUUGGCUGAAGAACUCCAAGGUCAAAUGGAGCACGACUAUGAUAUUGGAUCAACAAUUAAAGAGAAAAUCAUCUCGCAUGCUGUGUCAUGGUUCACUGGUGAAGCUGUAGACGAAGAUGACCUUGAGAUGGAGGAUGAUGAUGAUGAGAUUGAUGAAGAUGAUGAUGAGGAGGACGAGGAAGAUGAUGAAGAGGAAGAGGACGAGGAUGAUGAGGACGAAGAGGAAGAGCAAGGAAAGAAGAGCGGAAAGAAGUCAUCAGCUGAGCACAAGAAGUCUGGAAGAAGUCAACUGGCAGAAGGUCAACAAGGUGAGAGGCCACCGGAAUGCAAGCAGCAGUGAGUAAACAAACCUCAUCUCAGGUGAAGAAGAUUUGGCUUAUUGAUGAAGAAGAAGAAGAAAGAGGUCUCUGUGUUUCUUAAUUUGCUGUGGUUUGUAUGAUUAUAAAUCAAGUUUUGGGUGGUGGUUUGCUAAAAACAAAAAUUGGUUAUUUGUUUUGGUUUUUCUGAUUUUUGAUUUGCAAUGUGUUCUCCCUUGAACUGGUUUGAGCAAAUAGUAUUUUGUUUCUAUUGUUCACAGUUUAUAUAUUCUUAAGC